AUGUCAGAGGAUAAAAUUCAGGCUCUUUUUACUUUUGUUACUUGUUUUGUGUACUUGGAAUCCAACCCCACAAAAGGAAUAAAAGCUCAUAAAGUUAAAAAGAGAAAAAAUAAAUCUCGUUUCCUAAUAAAUAAACCACAAUUUAAGCCCAACACCAAGCAGAACGCCAUCAUAUACAUAAAUUAG